AUGAAUCUAUUCGUCAUCAUCUCCGUCCUUGCAGCUGUCAGUGUCUGCAUGGCUUUUUCACAGCGUCCUCGUAAAUACAAAUACGCAGAUGUGUGUCUGUCUGGAGAUGGGAGCAGCUACAGAGGAUUUGUUUCAAAGUCAUCAAAUGGUCGCAAGUGUCUCCGGUGGAGCUCGGUGAAACAUGCUUGGAGUGAUAUCAAUGGAAUUGGCAGACAUAAUUACUGCCGGAAUCCUGAUCAGAGACUGAAGCCUUGGUGUUAUGUACAAAAGAGAGGAGGGACUAAAAGAGAAUACUGUGAUAUCCCCAGAUGUUUAAAACCAACCGUGAAACCAACAAUCAAACCAACGACAAAGCCAACAACCACAUCGCCCCCUCCUGUGGAUACAGUGAGGACGUGUGGUGAAAGGUCUGAGCGCAGGAUAAAUAAAAUCGUGGGUGGCUCCUUCACACCCAUAGAGUCCCACCCAUGGGUUGCUGCUCUCUAUCAUAACCGUGGCACCUUCCUUUGUGGUGGAUCUCUCAUCUCGCCCUGCUGGGUUCUCACGGCUGCACACUGCUUCUCAGAAGUAGAGAACACCAAACUCCAACAUAUGUCUGUGUACCUGGGAAAGUCGGCCAUCAAUGAAACGGAUGCCACCAGGGAGCAGAGCUUCAUCGUGGACAAACUAGUCAUUCACGAAGACUACGAUGAAAGCAACUACAACAACGACAUCGCAUUGCUGAAGAUCAAAAGCACAAGUGGCGCAUGUGCAGUGAAGACACCUUCUGUGCGGACAGUAUGCCUCCCCCCACUUUAUACUCGUCUUCCUCCUGGGAUCACUUUCAGCAUCGCAGGAUUUGGGAAACAAAAAUAUGACUCGCCAGCAUUCUCACAGCUCUUGAAACAGGCUGAUGUGAGAAUGCUCUCCAGGACUGAAUGCAAACGGGAACCUCUUUAUAAGGAUUUUGUCACAAAGAACAUGAUCUGCGCUGCGAGUCCUGACUGGAGCAUAGAUGCCUGCACAGGGGACUCCGGGGGCCCACUGGUUUAUGAAGCAUCCGGUCGCAUGUUUCUCUUUGGGGUGGUGAGUUGGGGAGACGGUUGCGCAGCUGUAAACAAACCAGGCGUUUACACGCAGGUGACCAACUACAACAAAUGGAUCGCAGCAAAAACAGGGCUUCCAGAGUACACAAAAGGAGUGAUGUACCCUAACAAAUGA